GCGCUCGUGCAGCACGGCAUGAAGGUCGUGGGCUGCGCGCGCAGCGUCGACAAGAUCGAGAAAUUGGCAGCCGAAUGCCAGAGCGCUGGCUACACCGGGACCCUCAUCCCCUACAAGUGCGACCUCUCCAACGAAGAGGAGAUCCUGUCCAUGUUCUCCGCUAUCAAGACCCUUCACCAGGGCGUCGACGUGUGCAUCAACAACGCGGGGCUGGCGCGGCCCGAGCCCCUGCUCUCGGGCAGGACGGAGGGCUGGCGGACCAUGAUAGACGUCAACGUGAUGGCUGUAAGCAUCUGCACCCGGGAGGCCUAUCAGUCCAUGAAGGAGAGAAACAUCGACGAUGGGCACAUUAUUAACAUUAACAGCAUGAAUGGCCACAGUGUCGUGCCACAGUCCGUGGUGCAUUUUUACAGUGCCACCAAGUACGCGGUUACAGCGCUCACGGAGGGGCUGAGGCAAGAGCUCAGAGAAGCCAAGACUCAUAUACGAGCUACAUGCAUAUCUCCAGGACUGGUGGAAACAGGAUUUGCUUUUAAACUUCAUGAUAAUGAUCCAGAGAGAGCUGCUGCCACCUAUGAGAGCAUUCGGUGUCUCAAGGCUGAAGAUAUGGCUAAUGCUGUCAUAUACGUGCUCAGUGCCCCACCUCACGUACAGAUUGGAGAUAUUCAGAUGAGGCCCACGGAGCAGAUAUCAUAGCAAACGAAGAGGAACGCGAGCAGCACYGGGUAUCCACUCCACUUCGAACCCUCCGGCGAUUUAGGGGUUUGUCGGCUGGCUAGCCACGUUUUAACUGAGUACCAAGGAUCACGUUUGAAGAAUUAUUUUUCCUCUCCCUCUCUCUGAGCUGGUGCUGAGCCAGUUAAAAAAUAGUAGUGGGUAUCUUUCUCACCCAGUCCUUUCUGAAAUUGUUUAAGAGUAAAAUGUAUUUGAAAAUAAUGCUGGGAAGUGGGUUUAUGGAAGAUUGUUGACUCUAGGCUGGUUUAUUCUUUUUUUUUUGAGGUUUGUUUGGUCUUACUUGAUGAUGCUGUGGUUGGACACAGGUGAAGUGGCACAGGCUGUUUGCCAGCUUCAGUGUGUUUUGGGUUUGUUAGUGGAUGUCAUAUGUGAAUCCAUCUAAUUGGGGGGUUUACUGCCAUCGCUUUGAUGCUUAUUUGGUAAUCAUGCACAUAAUUUUUCUACUUCUCUCAUAUCCCAAUGUCCUAAAACAGGUAUGUAUGCUCCCUGCCACCCACCAAACUCUGCCAUUCACAUGAACAGUGCCUGCUAAGUUUGAGGAGAUAUAAAKGUGUAUGGUUGAUAUUUUUGUUUCUUUAUCAGUAGAUAGGUAGAUAGUUGGAGGAGUAAGUACCUGUAUUUCUGCAGGUUAGAGAAUGAUCAUGUAAGUGRCAUAGUUACAGUAUGAGUGAGUUGUUUGAUAUUUUUAAUAUACAAUGUGUGCUGUCUUGUAAUCACCUCUAUCCUUGGUAUCAUGUCCCAGCGCUCUUGUUUUUGUACGUUUGAUAUUUGCAUGCAUUGACACUUUUGGAAAAUAUUGAUCAGUCUUAGAAAGAUGUUUGGUGCUGUUUAAAUGCUGGUGCUGGUGACUAAGGAGUUGGAAAUAUUGAAAGUUUGUUUAUUUGAGAGAAAAACUCAGA